GCAAAAGUAAAAUAGUCAAUGUGGAGAAAGGGGCCGGACUUCUGAUUUAUGUUUUCUGCAAUGACUAAUAGAGAAGGAAACACAUUAUUUUUAUGCCGACUUGGGUCUGUUGGUGAAAUUUCAGCUUUGCUUUUGGGAAAUAGGCACAGUGAGGUGGAAUAUCACGGUGACUUUAAAUGUGAAGAUGUGCCAAACGCUGCUCUGUGUGUUGGGAUUAUUCUUGCUGAUUACACCCCUCUAUGGAAACACAGAAGAUAUCACUCCUCAUGUGACCCUUAAAUCCAACUGGGAUCAGAUAUUCUGGGGUGAGACGAUCACUCUCAGGUGUGAGAUUGAGGGAAGUAGAGAAACUGAAUGGAGAUAUUCAUGGAGAACACCCCAAGGGGACAAAUGGACAACACACAAUGAGUACAGUAUUAGCAGCACCACCACAUCUGAUGAUGGAGAAUACAGAUGUAUCGGCAGGACGGUCCACCAACAAAAUUCCCACACAAAAUGGAGUAAGCCCUUCAGACUGACAGUAACAGGAUAUGAACCACAGGCUCAGCUUGAGAGUGAAGCAUUUCCAGCAGAAGGCUCUGUGACUCUGAUCUGCAACGUGAAGCCUCCAUCAUCUGGCUGGAGUUUCCUCUGGUACAGAGGAGAGAAAACCUCUGAAAUCCAGAUCACACAAGAUGAACGUUAUCCCUCAAAUGAACAAAUCAGAGUCACACAAGGAGGACUGUACUGGUGCAGAGGAGUGAGAGGAAACCCACCUUACUACACUCUGUUCAGUGAUUCAGUCGUAACAAACAGGGCUGUUGUGUCUCUACAAACCCAGUGGACUGAGAUAUACAGAGGAGAGACGAUCACACUGAGCUGUAAAAUUCUUGAUGGAGACGACAGAGAGUGGGAGUAUGAGUGGGAAACAACCAUCAGUGUUACUAUUCUUAAACACUCUGAACACUUCACUAUCAGUGUUACUGCUAACAACGAUGGAGACUACAAGUGUCGGGGAAAACCCAAAACUGAUCCUCAUUCCUCUACAGAGUGGAGCGCUCCAGUCACAGUGAGAGUGUCAGAACAACCAAAAGCUGAACUGAGAGCUGAUGUCAGAGAUAUUCCACUAGGGGGCGAUGUGACCCUGACCUGCUCUGUGAGCUCAUCAUCUGGUUGGAGCUAUCAAUAUUUAUACAGAUGGGAUACAUCUUCAGACUUUCUGGCACAAAAUGCAAACUCGUUUGGGAAACUGCGUGUCUCAGAGGAGGGACUCUAUCAGUGCAGAGGACAGAGAGGAAAUCCACCCUACGACACAGAGGACAGUGAGGAAAUAAUGAUCAACAAAAAGAAUGCUAACGAGGCUGUUUUGACUCUUCACCCCAACUGGUCAGAGGUGUACAGAGGAGAGACGAUCACUCUCAGAUGUGAGAUAAAGGAUGGAGCAAACACUGAGUGGGAGUAUGAGUGGGAAACAACAAGCUCAUUCAAACCCCUAAAGCAGAAAGAGUAUAGUAUCACAUCUGUUUAUGGAUCCCACACUGGAAACUACAGCUGUAGGGGCAGGAGAAAAAGUGACAGGUCUUCAACUAAAUGGAGCCGUCCCAUCUCAUUAACAGUUUUAAACAAACGACCAAAAGCUGAACUGAGAGCUGAUGUCAGAGAUAUUCCACUAGGGGGCGAUGUGACCCUGACCUGCUCUGUGAGCUCAUCAUCUGGUUGGAGCUAUGACUAUUUAUACAGACGGGAUACAUCUUCAAACUCUGUGGUAAAAAUUGCAGAUUUAUCUGGACAACUGCAUGUCUCAGAGGAGGGACUUUAUCAAUGCAGAGGACAGAGAGGAAAUUCACCCUACUACACAGAGGACAGUGAGGAAAUAAUGAUCAACAAAAAGAAUGCUAUCGAGGCUGUUUUGACUCUUCACCCCAACUGGUCAGAGGUGUACAGUGGAGAGACGAUCACUCUCAGAUGUGAGAUAAAGGAUGGAGAAAACACUGAGUGGGAGUAUGAGUGGGAAACAACAAGCUCAUACAAACCCUCAGCGCAGAAAGACUAUAGUAUCACAUCUGUUUAUUUAUCCCACACUGGAAACUACAGCUGUAGGGGCAGGAGAAAAAGUGACAGGUCUUCAACCAAAUGGAGCCAUCCCAUCUCAUUAACAGUUUUAUACAAUUCACCGAGGCCUGUCCUGACUGUGUCUCCAUCAUGGCUGAGUCCUGGAGACUCAGUGACUCUGAGCUGUGAUGUUAAACAUCCAUCAGCAGGAUGGAGGUUCUUCUGGUAUAAAGCUAUUCCCAAACUACCAGAUGAUUCCUACAACUAUGAGCUGCUGUCUGAAAGCAGCAGUGGGACUGAGAAGCAUUCCUACAUUGUUCAUGGAGAGACGCACACAUCAGGAUAUGCAUGCAGAGCUGGACGAGGAGAUCCAGUGAAGUUCACUGAUCACAGUGAACCAAAGUUUGUCUGGUCUGGAGGUUUUGAUUCAGCAGCAUCUCUCACAGUGAGUCCUGACAGAGUUCAACACUUCAUCUCAGACUCAGUCUCACUGAUCUGUGUGGGGAACUCUUCUCAGUGGAGAGUGAAGAUGUUUGAUAAAGACAGCAGCCUGAAGGAUUGCUCCCAGUGGGAUAAAAUGACUGGAUCUACAUGUUCAAUUGUUACAUACAAAAAGAGAAAUCAUGUGUUCUGGUGUGAGUCUGGAUCAGGAGAGUUCAGCAACGCUGUCAACAUCACUAAACAGAAUCCUGAUAUUAUCUUGGUGACUCCUGUCCAUCCAGUGACUGAGGGAGAUUCUGUUAGUUUAAGCUGCAAAGUAAGAAGAGAAGACACAGAAACUGUUUCUAUUGUGUUCUUCUAUCAAAAUGACAAACUCAUCCAGAAUGACACCAGAAGAGAGCUGAAUAUUUCUGCUGUGUCAAAAUCAGACGAGGGUUUCUACAAGUGUCAAAUAUCAGGAAAAGAGUCAUCACAGAGUUGGAUGUCAGUUAAAGCAGCAUCCAGGUCUAAGGAGUUUCCAUUAACAGUAAUUCUGAUAAUUGUGGGGAUUAUUUGUGGAGUCAUGCUUUUAAUUCUCCUGCUCCUGUUGUACCGCCACAGGCAGUCCAAAGGUUCAUGUCUUUGCGGUUCACUCCAGUUUCAGAGGACGAACCAAAGCUCUGUCACAAACCCCCAGGAGGAGACUCAUAAUGAUGGAUACUACUCUCCCAUCAAAGGGGAGGUCUGUCAUUAUGAAACCAUCAAAGGCCCUGAAAACUCAGCACAGGGUGCAGACCAAUCCCAGGAUGUUACAUAUUCUUUGAUUGAACUUAAAAACCUUCGAAAGAAGGGGAAGAAACCUGAGUCACAGGAGAAGGCUGUUUAUUCUGAGGUGAAGAUAGCACCAGCAGAUGAUGUCACAUACACUCAGAUCAACCACAAUAAGGGUAAAGGAAAGAAAAAAAAGGGAAAAUCAAAUAAUGCACCAACAGAAGAAUCUGUUUACUCUGAAGUCAAACCAGAUCAGUGAAGUUCCAUCCCAUCCAUCCAUUUUCUGUACCACUUAUCCGUUGGGGGGGGGCCUGGACCCUAUCCCAGCUGUCAUUAGGUGAAAGGCAGGGUACACCCUGGACUGGUCACAGAGUCACUUAAGUUUUGUACCAAUAAACCAAAGGAAUAGACUGCAACUCAACAAAACAAACCCAUGCUUGAUAAGCAUUUGUAGCUGUAAACGUGACACUUGUGUACUCAAGUGCUUUUCAGGAAUCAAGCUGUGUUCUGUAAAGUUAGUGUCAUGGGAAUGUAUUUAUAGGGGAAAACAAGAUACCUUGUGUGUGUUUCUUUUUUGUUUGCCGUCUUAUGCAUCAUUCAUAGACUUGUGUGCUGCUGCUGUGAGCAGUGUUGACAUUCACUUUUAUAUGUAUCUUUACAGGAUUUUAUCAUUUUCAAAAAUGUGUGAUUUGCUGUAAAAAAAAGGGUGAUAGUGAAGGUAUGAACUCAGUGUCAUAAAUCUCCCUCUGAUGAAUUUUCUUUUUGCAUUCUUAUUCCAAAGCUGAAAAUGAAGGAAUUGGGAGAUUUGAGGUAGCAUACUUGGUGUUGUACAAAAAAUGGUUGUAAAAUUACUUCUGUUAUGUUUCAUGUAUCAUUUUUAUUGUUGAACAAGGUGAACAGUAUUGGAAAAAAAUGUACAUAGCAGUUUUUUUUCUUUCUAUGAUAUGUAAAUAAAAUUCAAAAUAAUA